CCAAAUUCCUUUCCAAGGGGUUUUCAUAGGUACCAAACAACUUCCCAUAUCUGCUGGGUUUUGGCAUUACUAUUCCUUUUCUUGUACGCUCUUAUUAUGAAUAAUAAUAUGAAAGGAUGAGAGAUCGAAUGGAAAGGUUAGUUGUUCUUCCUUUCUCCGUCAGCUGUGUUUCUCAGUCAAGUCUUGAUGUAAGCACAUCCCAACCCACAAAACCAAACCAUCCGGCUGUAACAAGCAGACAAGAAUUACAAGAAAGUUCAACUGGGAUGAAAAUGAAAAUGAAGAACUCUUGGGGUUUCCUCGGUCUUCCAAAGCCCAAACUUUCCAAUGGAAUACACAGAUUGGCGAGGAGUCUCAAAAGUUUAUCUCAAUUAUUUGUUUACAAAGAAGAGAUUGAUGACAUGGAAAUGAAGAUGGAGAUGGAAAUAGGGUUUCCAACAGAUGUUAAGCAUGUUACACACAUAGGAUGGGAUGGAACUACUACCACCAACCCUGUGAAAGGUUGGGAGAAUCUCACAGCUCCUGAAAUACUGUCUUUUCCUUCAAUAUCUCUAAAGCAAUUUGAGCUUGCCAUGGCUGCCCAAGCCGAUGGACCUAUGUGUUUCAAUGGUUCUAAGUUUACUUGAUUUGUAUAUAUAUAUGAUUUUGAUGGUUUGAAUGUUAUCACCUCUUGUUACUAAUUUCGCAAUGAUGAUGGUAAGUGCAAUGAGGAUAUAUACAUUGUUGAUUGAAAA